ACAAGUGAGUGAAAAACCCAGGAGCCGUAAUGGUUUGAAAGCAGUGCCAUCCGCAUACCACACAGGGCUUGACCUGCAGCACAGUGCAGAAAUUCUCAGAGUGUAGGCUACAUGUUUUAUUUUUGGGGUAAAGAAGAUGUUGCCUGGAUGACUGAAAAGAAAUCAUCCUCCUGAAAUAGACCAGAGGACGCGAUUCUUCAAGUGCAUAUUUAUGGAAUAAAAACAGCCAUCAUGUCGGGGAAGUCGGAUGGAAAGAAGAAGUGGGCGGCAGUCAGGGGCCGCCUGGGCUCCUCGCAGGACUCGGAUACCCAGCAGGAGGCCAACCUGGAGAGCGCCGAUCCAGAGCUCUGCAUCAGGCUGCUGCAGGUCCCCACUGUGGUCAACUACUCGGGGCUGAAGCGCCGCCUGGAGGGCAGCGAUCAGACGUGGAUGGUGCAGUUUCUGGAGCUGAGUGGGUUGGAUCUCCUCCUGGAAGCUCUGGACCGGCUCUCGGGGCGGGGAUGCUCUCGUAUUGCAGACGCUCUCUUGCAGCUCACCUGCGUCAACUGCGUGCGGGCAGUCAUGAACUCAUCUGCAGGGAUCCACUUCAUCAUAGACAAUGAAGGAUACAUUCGGAAGCUCUCACAAGCUUUGGACACUUCCAAUAUCAUGGUGAAGAAGCAAGUGUUUGAGCUGCUCGCCGCCCUCAGCAUGUUCUCUGCAGAAGGCCAUCGCCUGGCGCUGGACGCCCUGGACCACUACAAGGGCGUGAAGACUCGGCAGUAUCGUUUCAGUGUGAUCAUGAAUGAGCUGCAGGCCACAGACAACGUCCCUUACAUGGUCACGCUCCUCAGUGUCAUAAACGCCAUCAUCUUUGGGACGGAUGACCUCCGGCAGAGAGAUAGGAUGAGGAAGGAGUUUAUCGGACUCCAGCUUCUUGAUAUUCUGCCAAAGUUAAGAGAGCAGGAGGAUGAAGAUUUGAUCAUUCAAUGUGAAGCGUUUGAAGAGGCAAUGGCUGAGGAUGAAGAAGAGCUGCUGCGUGUGUACGGGGGCAUCGACAUGAGCAAUCACCUGGAGGUUUUCACUACACUCUUUAACAAGGUGAGCAGCUCUCCAGCCUCUCUGCAGCUGCUGUCCAUCCUGCAGACGUUGUUAGUGCUGGGGCCGGGUCACUCGGAUAUCUGGCUGGCUCUGGAGGCCAUCACUAACAGAGCCACACUGCUGGCCCAGGACUCUCAGAUGGAGUCCUGUGAGAAGAUCAUGCAGCGGCUGAUGUUCUCUAAAGGGAACAGCUGUGCGGGUCACCAUGAGGUGGACGGGCAGCGCGUGAAGGUGGAUAAAGCUGUUCAGACCGAUACAGAUCAGCAGGACAACACGAUCAUCACAUCCUCUCAGAAGCCGCUGUGCGCCUUGCCGCCGCCGCCUCCUCCCCCUCCACUCCCACCCUCUAGUUUAACUGGGUCCGCACCUCCUCCUCCUCCACCUCCACCACCCCCACCUCCUCCUCCACCGCUGCCUGGAGGGUUUGGUGGACCUCCACCACCUCCUCCUUUACCUGGAAUGGCACCACCACCGCCCCCACCACCGCCGCCGCCGCUGCCCUUUGGUCUUGGCAUGGCUCCCCCACCACCUCCGCCACCUCUGCCAGGAAUGGGGGGCGGACCGCCACCGCCACCUCCCUUGCCUGGGAUGCCACCACCACCCCCUCCUCCCCCAGGCAUGAUAGUGGCUCAGAGCAGUCAGAUGCUGGGAUGUGCUGCGCCCGUAAAGACAAACCGAUGCCCAACCCUGAGGAUGAAAAAGCUCAACUGGCAGAAACUCCGAGCAGUAACAGAUGGUCCCUCCAUGUGGGCCUCGGUUCAGAAAGAGCCUCCUCCUCAUGAGCCGGACUACAGCAGUAUCGAGCAGCUGUUCUGUCUCCCAGUGACUGAGCACAAAGACAAGGGGGCAGCUGCUCCUGUCAAGAAGGAGCCUAAAGAGAUUACAUUUAUUGACCCAAAGAAAAACUUGAAUCUAAACAUUUUCCUAAAGCAGUUUAAAUGCAAAAACGAGGACUUUGUAUCCAUGAUUCAGAAAGGGGACCGUUCUAGGUUUGAUGUAGAGGUGCUAAAACAGCUAAUGAAGCUCCUACCAGAGAAGCAUGAGAUAGAAAACUUGAAAUCAUUCCAAGGAGAAAAAGAGAAGCUGGCAAAUGUUGAUCGCUUUUACACCUGCCUUCUCACGGUGCCAUGUUAUCAAUUGAGGAUUGACUGCAUGUUGCUGUGCGAGGAGACCUCAUCAGUGUUGGAGAUGCUAAAACCUCGAGUCAAGCUGGUGGAGGAGGCUUGCCAGUCCCUCAGAGAGAGCACGCUCAUUCCUAGUCUCUGCAGACACAUCCUCGACGUUGGAAAUUUUCUCAACUACGGAAGUCACACAGGGAACGCAGAGGGGUUCAAGAUCAGCUCUCUGCUCAAGCUUACAGAGACCAAGGCCAACAAGAGCCGCAUUACGCUGCUUCAUCACAUCCUGGAGGAAGCAGAAGUGAACCACCCGGAGCUGCUUGAUCUGCCAGAUGAUCUAGAAAUCUGUGAAAAAGCAGCAGGAGUCAAUCUGGACUCUAUUCAGUCAGAAGCCAGUGCCUUACUAAAGCGACUGAACGAUACGGCUAAGAAGGUCACCAACUCUGUCGAAGAUGUGAAGGAGCAGUAUGCCAAAGUCCUUGAGGAAAGCACAGAGAUAUUUCAAGCCCUAACUGAAAGGUUCACUGCUUUAGAGAAGAAGAAGAGUGAGCUGGCUAACUACUUGUGUGAAGACGCCAAUCAGCUGUCGCUUGAAGAACUCUUUGGAACCAUCAGGACUUUCCGAGGACUUUUCAUCAAAUCGAUGAAGGAAAACAAAACAAGAAGAGAGCUGGCGGCCAAGGCAGAGAAGAGAAAGAAGCAGCUGGCAGAGGAAGAGUCCAAGAGACAGAAGGGAGAGAACGGAAAAAUAAUCAAGAAAGGCUUUGUACCUCAGGACGACGGCUGCAUCGUCGACCACCUCCUGGCGGAUAUCAGGAAAGGUUUCAGCCUAAGAAAGACCAGGCCAAGGUGCGAUUCGGAAAGCCUACCUUCUAGUGAAAUGCGUAGGGAUACCUGCCCGUCUGGGUCAAGUGUGAAGCCUGUAGAAGAAGAAGCCGUAGAAAUAGCCUCCAUUUCCGCUGCCACCAAACCUCAGACAGAGGGUCACCAUACCAGCGCAGGCGAAGUCAACGGCUUCAUCAGCCCUUCAGAAGAGACUCCACCAGCGCCACAGAGUACGGUGGAAGACAGAGUAGCUGCAGUUCCCAGCACACCCCAAGUAGUAAAACCAGCAAUGGCAACACAGGCGCACCUGAAAGGGCCGAUGUUGCCGCAGGAGGAGCAACACUCACAGGAAUCUGCAGUUUCACCGCUAGAUAUAACACAACCUGAGUCUCGUGUUGAAGCAGACCAUCAAACAUGUCCCCCUCCAACAAAUGGUUUUUCAUUGGAUUCAACUGAGACCAGUGCCAUCAGCCCUUCUUCCCUCUCAGAUUCAGACCUGACAGAGGCUGUUUUAGACAGCAUAUCCAGCCCGGAGAAGUUGACGCCUGAGGAGACAGUGGACAUAAGUGUUAAUUUUCAAAUCAAAAAAAGUCCUUUACCUAAAACAGACAGUGUGACGGAGGGUAGCGAAAGCACUAAAAGAGGGAAAAGUCAAACCAGUGAUAAAAUAAGCCAUUUAAAAGAGACUGCAGGACAAGUAAGGCAGGAACACAUUAUCAUAGAAACCCACAACCAAGAUGACAUCAUCACCUACGAGCAUACAGGCCCUAAGAGCAAUGUGACCACGCUCAGUGAGAGCAUCGAGGGGUGGGACGUCCCUGAUGGACUGGAGUCAGAUAUCCAAGAUCUGCCAUCGGUCUCUGAAUCAGUGUCUGCACCCCUUAGACCCGAACCAAAGAAACAGGGAAGCUUCUUUAGACGAAACAAAAAGAGUAAUCCAGGUAAUCCAUCCAUAUACAUCAAUAAAGAUCACGUUUGGAGUGCUAAUGAUUUGAUGUGUCUUAGUGGAAAAUCCUUAUUUAUUUUGUUUUUAUUCCAUUUAACGUUUUAUAUAUUUUUAAGUGCAUGAUUAUAUACAUGAUUAUAAGCAUGAUUUUAGCAUGUUGUGCAUUUUAUUAAAAAGUUUGGAUGCAGUGUGAAGCCCUUGAAUAGCAGAUUGAAUAUUACAUGGAUGUAAUUAUGGCCAGUCUGUUUGAAUAUUCUGUUUUUCAUUCUGAAACACAAGGUAACAGUGGGAAAGGACAGACUAGACAUAAAAAAGGCUGUGUGUUGCAGUGAGGUAGGUCACAAACGGUGGGAUGGCAAAGUGUAAGCAGGAACAUCACCCUGAUGAGUUCAAUCACCGUCAAAGCUUUGUCCGAAAUAACGCAUCAUUUGUUGGUCUAACUGGAUUAACUGGAUUUCAUUUGUCUAUGUUGUCCAGCUUUAACUCUUGCUUUCUCUUCAAUGCUUGGGCAAGUCAGUUGUGGUCAGGCCAAAAUCUAACAGCAUUCAGCAAACUGUGUGUUGAGGUGAUUCUAAUGUCCGUCAGACCGGGGGGGGGGGGGGGAACUAACACUGAAGGUACUUUAAUGUUAAGAAGUGAAUCCUCUUGAACCAGCACUUGAGCUAUACAACAUCCACCUUUUUUCUGAUCUCAAGCAGCCUUGCAGUUUGUGAAGUCAUUGUGUAGUCAUCGUGGAGUUAUUUCAUAAGAGUUGUCACUUUUGUCUCUCUACUCCCCAUAUAUUCUUGUCCAUUCCGCAAAUCUGCAGCUGGACUGAUUAACCUACUAACACAGUCCAACAAGUGUGUGCUUCCUGUGAACUUUUGAAACUGUUUAGAUGACUUUGAUUAAAGAUACUGUACGCUAUGUGAAUGAAUCACAAAUGCACCUAACACAACAACAAAAAACAACUUUUAACAUUUUAAGCCUCAUGUUGUCAUGUUUGAAAUCUGGACAUACAUUUCUCUGCCAAGUGCCUUUUUUAAGUGCACAAUUUUAUCUGUAAAUGUAUAUUAGUUAUACAGAAGAAUUAAAGUGUUUUAUUUUCAAAUAGUUUGAAUCCAUCUAUUCAUUUCAGUCUUUGUUUCCCCAGGUGACUCCCGAAAGAGGAAAUCGAGAGGAAAAAGGAAAUGUUAAUGUCGCUGAACUGGAUGGACUGAAGUAUAUUUUAUCUAACAAGAACACAUGAGAUUUGACUCUUCGGGGGUGAAUGCAGAAGUCUUCCUUUUGCAAUGAUUUUUGUUUUUCAAGACCUAGAAGAUGAAACACAUCGAUGGCCUGGAUCUUCAAAGCGAGGAUGUUAAAAUGUCACUUUAUGUAAAUGAGUUUCAGCUUUUGUGAAUAUGAUUGCUUUUGAUUGAGAAAGAAAAAGCGAAAUAUGCUUUCUAUGUUUUGUACAAUUGUUGUUAUAUGCAUUGAAUGUGUUUUGCAAUAAGCUCUAUUAACUGUGCAGCACCUGCAGAAAGAAAGACAGAUGUAGUGUUUGGUGCAAGAUGUUUAAUUUAUCAUCCAAAAAAAGUAAUGUCUUUAUUUAAAUUUAAAGUUUAUAUAUAUUGUCCAGAUGAUCUCUAACAGCAAAUAUGAGAAAAGUAUUUAAUGGAUUGUAACUUUUAAUGUUUCUAUAUUUUAAUAAAAGUGAAUUGACUGUU